AUCUAGUGCCUGUUGUUUUCUCUUUCCAACAUCUCCUCCGUUGUUGUAUCCAUUUUCGGGUGCUACAUUAGGCAUAAAUCUAUCACCAACCCAAAAGAAAAUGCCACGUUUUAAACCAACAAAGCAACCAAAGCCCACAAUUAUAGCCUUGCUAGGCCUGGGAGGACCAGAACGAGACGUCUUCAUCGAACAAGUAACAGGCGUUAUCCCGGACUCCCGCAACCCCAGAAAGAAAGGUGACCUGUUAUCGACCCGUAUUUUCAAGGGUCAGGUCAAUGACAGAGACCUAUGGUUGCUUGAUACCCCGUCGCUAGAGUUCCCCGUCGCCGAGCUGGUGGAGGGCAUUAACAGCGCCGUAGCGCGGAAGUCCGGACGGCCGGAUUAUGCCGUAGAUGGGAUCGUGUAUCUCCAUGAUAUAACGGACAUGAACGUGACGCAGAAUGCAAGUGAGAAUCUGUCUGUCUUUCAGGGGCUGCUUCGGUCUGCUUCUCCGGAUCCUAUUGUCUUUGUGACGACGUUUUGGGAUCUUUUGCGGACGCAUGACGAGGGUGUUCGUACGGAGGCUAAGCUGAAUGCGGUGUAUGGUUCUGUUGCUUCUAUAUGUCGGGUUUUGGACUCGAGUGAUGGGCAGAGUUAUCGCGAUAUCAUUUGGGAUGUUGUUAGUGGGUUUGCGGAUGCAGGUCUUGUUGAGGACUCUGUUGAUGAUGAUGCGAUGCCGACGCCGACCGUUGAAGAAUUGCUUAGCAUAAUCAACGAGAAGGAUAAGCGCAUGGCACGCCUGGAGACAGAGCUUCAGGCUACGAAGGAGACUUGCGCUCGACAGCUGCAGGAUAUGCAGCAGAAGGCAGCGGAUGAGAAGGCGAGCCUCUACCAGCAGCUUCAAGCUGCGCUAAAAGACGUCAACCAGCUUAAAGAGGACCUCAGUCGAAGCCAAAAGAGUUGCGUGGAGGAGCUGAGGCAAUUUCGGAAGCAAUUUGAGUCCAGAAAGCAGCAUUCAAAUAACAAGCUUCGGUCCUUAGAAACACAGCAGUCGAGUGUAGCCAAGGUUGGUCAUGAACAUUGCCAGGGUAGGACUCCGACGCACUCGUUUACACAAAAGCCUCCACACCAGUCGCAUCGUUCAAAUGGGCAGGCGUCAAGCCUGAAUAUUCUGGACGCUAGAGGCGAGUUCCCGCUUUACAAUGCCGCCGCUGGUGGGUACUACGAUGAGGUGAAGCGAUUGUUAGAGCAGGGAGCAAACCCGUCCAUGAGAACCCUGUUUCAGUGGACGGCGCUUCACUGGGCUGUCGGUAAUGGCCAUGCGAACAUUGUUCAGCUGUUGCUUGAUUAUGGGGCCGAUAUCAACGCAACCUCGGACACAGGAAGUACUCCGUUGGACAUGGCACAAAACGAUAUGAUGAAGGGUAUACUUCGUCAGCGGGGAGCCAGAUGAGUUCAGCUUACAUUAAGCCAACUGCAUUUCGAAUCUCGGAGGUGACCAGGAAAUGACCUCAACAAUUACGUUUUCCUAAAAGAUUGGAGCACGUCCAUACAAGCUCUAGACUAUUUAUCUGCCAUCUUCGCUGUAUCAACUUCAUAGAAUCAUCCUGAACCCCACACCCGAGUGGGGCCUGUCAGUAACUCGCAUAAAUUAGCGUCCCGAAAAUGAUGUUUAUCUGGGCUUCGAUUUAAGCUAUAAUUUAACCAUGAUGAGUUAAUCGCUUUGCUAUGGAUACAAAGUGCUCCUAUAGGAGCAG